AUGGGGAUGCCGGCGCCGUUGCAGUGGAGCUCCACCCUUGCCUCCGACCAGCGGGGCCUGUUCAAGCACCCUGGAAUGCCCAUAUAUAGGCCUAAAUCAUGGAGUUGUGGUGUGUUCAAGAUGCUUGGCGUCUACCCCUCCCCCCCCAAUUUCUUCCGCAGCAACCCUAGCUCUUCACACCACGUUUCUGUCGCAGUAAUCGUCGGUGCUCUUGUUAGCGUGGUGAAUUUUUCCAGCUCCGACAAUUCCCCAAGAACCCCAGGUGGGACUGUAUCGUAUUAUGUAAAUAAGGUUCUUGCUGCUGUACUUAGUCUUCAUAAUGUUCUCCUUACGAAGCCUUCACCCGUUCCGGAUGAUUGCAUCGACCAUCGUUGGAUGUGGUUUAAGGGUUGUCUCGGCGCGCUGGACGGCACCCAUAUUAGUGUAUUAGUGCCGACCGAUGACAAACCACGGUAUAGAUCGAGGAAAGGGCAGAUAUCAACUAAUGUUCUCGGUGUGUGUGAUCGUCAAAUGCAGUUUGUGUAUCUACUCCCUGGCUGGGAAGGGUCGGCAGGAGACUCCCGCGUCCUCAAGGAUGCAGUUUCACAUGCUGAUGGUCUAAAAGUACCACAAGGUUGCUAUUACCUGUGUGAUAAUGCUUAUGCAAAUUGUAAUGGGUUCCUAACACCCUUCAAGGCAGUACGCUAUCAUCUCAAGAAGUUUGGUCCCGGCACAGAAGCUCCCCAAAACCCGAAGGAAUUAUUCAAUAUGCGGCAUACCAAAGCGAGAAAUGUGAUUGAACGCGCUUUUGGAGUUUUGAAAAUGCGGUGGGGUAUUCUAAGGAGCGCUUCAUAUUACCCUAUAAGAACGCAAAUCCGUCUAAUCAUGGCGUGCUUUCUACUCCAUAAUUUUAUUCGCCGCGAAAUGGAAGUUGAUCCGGUGGAACUUGAGCUAGACACGAAUAUGAAUGUAGAGAACGCCGAGGACGACGGCGUUAGUGGGGAUUAUGUUGACUGUGUUGAGCCGUCCUCCGAUUGGACGCAUUUCAGAGAUAGCCUAGCUGUCAAUAUGUGGAAUAACAGAUGA